GUUGGAUCAGCCAUGCCUAACGCACCGCUGAUGAUUCAUGGACCACCGGGACCACCCGGUCCUCCAGGUCCAAUGGGACCGGUCGGUCCCGAAGGAAAACCUGGAAUUAAGGGUGACCGUGGUUUGCCUGGAUUCGAUGGAGAGAGCAAAGUCGGUCCAAAGGGAGAACAUGGAGAGCCUGGACGUGACGGUGUUCCAGGAUUACGUGGACCUCCAGGAGAACGUGGAGAAAAGGGUGAACCUGGAGCUCCAGCUGCAUACAGUCAUCGUCAUCACGUCCCAGCUAGAGUUAUUCCCGGUCCACCGGGACCUCCAGGGCCACCAGGAAUACCAGGAGCACCUGCACCUCCAGCCCCUCCUGCAUUUUGUCCUCCAGGACCACCCGGUGCCCGUGGACAAGAUGGACGACCCGGACAACGUGGGCCACAGGGUGAAAAGGGUGAUCGAGGUGACCCGGGAAUCGCUGGACCCCGUGGUUAUCCAGGAUCUCCGGGAGGAUCUGCUACGCCUGGUGGAAAGAUUGUUAUGGGACCUCCUGGACCACCUGGCAGAGACGGGAGAAAUGGCGAAAAGGGAGAAAAGGGUGAAACGGGAGCGCCGGGUCCGAUGGGACCACCGGGUCCCGAAGGAAUGUCCGGCAAAAGAGGACGACGAGGGAAACCUGGAGAACCGGGAGUUUGUAAUCAGACUUGUCCCGUCUCGAGAGGAUUGGAGGAUCCAGAAGCUCUCGUUCGAGACCUGAUGCCAGUUCUAAAACGAGAACUAACGGAAAUUCGUAUUAAACAUGGAUAUCCAGGACCACCAGGUGUAGCUGGACCACCGGGACCUCCAGGGAAACUUGGACCAGCUGGACCACGUGGACCACAAGGUCUACCGGGACAUGCAGGCGAGAAAGGUGAUCGAGGAGAGAUUGGACCACCAGGACUACCAGGGCAACCGGGUCAAAUGGUCGAGGUUCCAACAUCGGGUAAUACAGCUAUACCGGGACCUAUUGGUCCACCUGGACUUCCUGGACCGCCUGGAGAGAAAGGCGAACCCGGAGGUCCGGGCCUUCCUGGACAGCCUGGAUCUCUUGGAUUACCGGGCCCCCCUGGACCGAUGGGCUUACGCGGAUCUCCGGGAGUCGAAGGACGACCGGGCAAGCAAGGACCAAUCGGACCUAAAGGCGACCCUGGACCAAUGGGACCACCAGGUUCCCCCGGACACCCUGGAGCACCUGGAGAACGAGGAGCAGACGGCAAAGACGGUAUGCCUGGAGAGAAAGGAGAUCAGGGCAUACCUGGUCUGGAUGCACCGUGCCCAACUGGCCCUGAUGGUUUGCCGCUACCGUAUUGCNCCCCGGACACCCUGGAGCACCUGGAGAACGAGGAGCAGACGGUAAAGACGGUAUGCCUGGGCAUACCUGGUCUGGAUGCACCGUGCCCAACUGGCCCUGAUGGUUUGCCGUUACCGUAUUGCUCUUGGAAACCGAUGGAGUCCGACGACAACACCAUCGAACGAACGGCGUCAACAGGAUUCUGA